AUGAGUGGUUCCGGCAAAGGAUUACUGGGAUUAUGGCUGUAUCACAGUGGCGAUCAGGAGUGGGCAGUGAAGGAGGGCAGUCCGCUGCAUCGGCGCAAGGAAUUUGCUAAAUCAGUCGACCACAGCAACGGCAACGAGCGAAUGGGUGUCGAUCGAACUUCCAUCAUCUUUACGCUGAAAAACCAAAUCGGUGGUCUGGCCAGUGCGUUGCGCGUCUUCCAAGAGCUCGGCAUCAACGUGCUGCACGUGGAGCUGAACAAGAGCGGCGAAACGUGCGACAGUGCGGAUGUGCUGGUCGACGUGGAGUGUGAUGCAAACCGGUUGGACCAGGUGCUGCGAUUGCUGAAGCGCGAGGUCCAAUCGGUGAACUACGCGGCCCAGGUGAACAGCGACGGGCCACCACCGACGCCACUGUCCGCUUGCGGAAGUUUCGAUUUCGGUGAAAUGCACUGGUUUCCAAGGAAAAUUUCCGAUCUGGACCGGGCCCAGAACGUGCUGAUGUACGGCAGCGAGCUUGAUGCGGACCAUCCCGGCUUCAAGGAUCCGGUCUACCGCAAGCGUCGAGAGCAAUUUGCGGCCAUUGCCAACUCCUACAAGCAUGGCAGCCCCAUCCCGAGGGUUCAGUAUACGCCGGAGGAAAUCAAAACCUGGGGCACAGUGUUCCGUGAGCUGCACAAGCUUUACGUCAAGUAUGCCGUACCGGAGUAUCUGGAGAACUGGCCCGAGCUGGUGAAGUACUGCGGCUACCGGGAGGACAAUCUGCCCCAGCUGCAGGACAUCAACGUGUUUCUGAAGCGCAAGACAGGCUUCCAGAUACGUCCCGUGGCGGGCUACCUGUCGCCGAGGGACUUCCUGUCCGGGCUGGCGUUUCGCGUGUUUCACUGCACCCAGUACAUUCGCCACUCGUCCGAUCCGUUCUACACGCCGGAACCCGACUGCUGCCACGAGCUGCUCGGGCACAUGCCCCUGCUGGCCAACUCGAGCUUCGCCCAGUUCUCGCAGGAGAUUGGUCUAGCGUCGCUGGGUGCUUCGGAAGACGACAUCAACAAGCUGGCAACACUGUACUUCUUUACGGUUGAGUUCGGUCUCUGUCGCCAGGCGGAUGGUAGCUUCAAGGUGUUUGGGGCGGGUUUGCUGUCGUCCGUCGCAGAGUUACAGCACGCCAUCACUACGCCGGACAAGAUAAAGCGGUUCGAUCCGGAGGUUACGUGUCAGGAAGAGUGUAUCAUCACGGCGUACCAGAACGCGUACUACUACACCGACUCGUUCGAGGAGGCUAAGGAGAAGAUGAGGGCUUACGCGGACACCAUACAACGGCCGUUUGGAGUUCGCUACAAUCCCUACACGCAAACGGUGGAGGUGCUAAGCAAUGCGAAGAAGAUAACCGCCGUCGUGAGUGAGCUGCGUGGCGAUCUGAGCAUCGUUUCGUCCGCGCUGAAGAAAGUGUCCGCGAUGGAUGAAAAUCUUGACGUGGAAAAGAUCGAGAAGCUCCUCUCGAGUAGUUUGCACGUAUGCGAGAAAACAAUCGGUCCUGAGGAAUCUGAUGACUGCACGGAGAAGAGUAAACCCACGACACAGCAAGAGUAA